UGAAUUUACUGGACUCUCGCUCUGUCAUGGGGGACCUGGGUGGAUCGCCUACCCAAAGAAUGGGUGGGAGGAGAUAGGUGAGGUGGAUGAGAACUAUGCUCCGAUCCACACGUACCAGGUGUGUAAAGUGAUGGAACACAACCAGAACAACUGGCUCCAGACAAACCUCAUCCUCAACGAGGGAGCUCAGAGGGUGUUCGUGGAGCUACAGUUCACCCUGAGGGACUGUAACAGCCUUCCGGGUGGCGUGGGUACCUGCAAGGAGACCUUCAACAUGUACUACUAUGAGUCUAACGAUGAGGAGGGGAGGAACCUCAGGGAGAGUCAAUACUCUAAGGUAGACACCAUCGCUGCUGACGAGAGCUUUACGGAGUUAGACCUGGGAGACAGAGUGAUGAAGCUGAAUACAGAGGUCAGGGAUCUGGGACCGUUGAUGAAGAAAGGGUUCUACCUGGCGUUUCAGGACCUGGGAGCCUGUAUAGCGUUGGUCUCUGUCAGGGUGUUCUAUAAGAAGUGUCCCUUCAUAGUGAGGAACCUAGCUCAGUUCCAGGACACUAUUACAGGGUCGGACUCCUCCCAGCUGCUGGAGGUGGCAGGAAAAUGUGUCAACAACUCGGUGGCGGAGGACCUACCCAGGAUGCACUGCAGCGCAGAGGGGGAGUGGCUAGUGCCCAUCGGGAAGUGUGUGUGCCAGGCGGGGUUUGAGGAAGUGAAUGACAGUUGUCAAGUCUGCAGGGCGGGUUUCUUCCGAUCGGUGCUGCAGACCCCUGCCUGCAGUAAAUGUCUUCCUCACAGCUUCACCAGAGUCCAGGGUUCCGUAGCCUGUACCUGUGAGGAGGGAUACUACAGGAGAGACAGUGACCCGCCCAACAUGGCCUGUACACGACCGCCUUCUGCUCCUCGUAACGCCAUUUCCAACGUAAACGGGACGUCGGUCUUCCUGGAAUGGGCGGUUCCCGAGGAGACUGGCGGCAGGAAGGAUGUCAGCUAUAACAUCCUGUGUCGUAAGAUCAGCGUUGACAGCAGACACUAUGAGGAGUGUGACAGCACGGUGCGGUUCCUGCCCCAACGCAACGGUCUCAGGAACAACUCUGUGAUGGUGGCAGACCUUCUGGCUCACACUAACUACACGUUCGAGGUGGAGGCCGUCAACGGAGUGUCUGAGCUCACCAACCCCGGACGACAGUUUGUCUCUCUCAACGUCACCACCAACCAGGCAGCCCCGUCUCCUGUGAGUGUGGUGAGGAAAGGGAAUUCUGGGAAGAACAGUAUCUCUGUGUUGUGGCAGGAGCCAGACAGACCCAACGGGAUAAUCCUGGAGUACGAGAUCAAAUACUUUGAGAAG